CUGAAGCUAGCUGAAAUUAUCCCUACCGUCCUCGAUGACUUCGUGCCCUCGCUCGGCCUGCACGUCACCUGGUCCUUCUGGGAACGCGCGCUUCUCGGCAACACGCUUCCGCCGGAGAAGCUCCAGGACGAGCCGACCAUCGCGCUGCACGACAUCCUGGCCGCCGCAUCCCCGGCGCUAAAAAACGCACGCGCAGCCAACGUGACCUACGUGAUCACGCUGACCGACCCGGACGCGCCCUCGCGCGACGAGCCCGAGUGGUCCGAGUUCUGCCACUGGGUCGCGUCGGGCGUGCUGAAGCCGGGGCUGUGCGACCCCAAGGAGCCCGCGCCGUGCGUGCCCGUGCUGGCCGACCUGGACGAGGUCGUGCCGUACAAGCCCCCCGGCCCGCCGGCGGGGACCGGCAGCCACCGCUACGUGUUCGUGGCGUUCGUGCCCAGCAACGGCACGACCGACCGGCUGCACCUGUCCAAGCCGGCCGCGAGGAAGCGCUGGGGGUAUGACGAGACCUGGUGCGGCGGCGGCGCCCACCAACACAACCACGACCACCACACGAAGGGUGCCAGGGAGUGGGCGGCAGAGAACGGGUUGGCGGCUGUGGGGGCCAACUUUAUCUACGCCAGAAAUAAGCAGCAGUGA